AUGGCAGAAUCGCUGUUGCAAUUCAGAGCAACGCCUUUGAAAUUCGGCUUGCAGAUCGAUUUACUUUGCCUCUUUGCUUUCAUUUGCCGUCUUUCGCAGAUUCAAGGUCCAGGGCUAUCGCAAUACAUCUCUACAAACUCGGUCGUCAACCAGCUUGGGGGGCUGACUUCACAUCUCAUCAUCAUCAUCAUUUACCUCAGCAUCGAUUUAUCAGUAACAAUGGUCAACUUCACCCUUAACGUCGCCGUCUUGGCUCUGGUGGCCUCAGUGGCAGCGGCCCCAGCCACAGCUGACGCUUCUUCAACCACCUUCUCCUUUGCUCGAUGGGUUGAAGAUAUUAUCGCCAACCCGGACACAGCCCUCUCACCCGCCGAAGCAAUCGCGGCAGCGAAUGCUACUGAGGUUGUCAGCACGGCAGGCGGUCUCCAAAAGAGAGCCAACUGUCAGCCGACAUUUCCAGAUGCGCCUGCACCCGACGCAGCAGCCUGCCUUAAUGAUCUCGCUCGCAAGGGCGCUAAUGGUCAACACUGUGCUAUGGGGACGCGUGUCUUCGAAAUUGAGAUGUGUCGAAUUGGUGGUGCGCAGAUUGUUGCCAGCAGGGGCGGUUUGGCGGCGCAAAGUGUCAAUUGCCAGGAUGUCGCUCGCACGGGCGGGUUGAUCUUUGACAGCUGCUUCCGAGCGGACAACACAGUCAAGGGCAGCGAGAUUUGCAUUACCAACAGAUUGAUGCAAAUCAAUAUCAGUGGAGUCUGA